AUGGAUCAGGUCAUAUUUCAAGCCAUUCGCGGCGACAUAAUAUCUAACGACGUCAGCCGGCAGACGUCCGCCAUCCUAGUCGCCUUGCAGUUAGCAGCCGGCGGUAAGGACGUAUCGUGUCUCGCGUCGCUUCUCUGCACGGAGUUAAUCGCCGGCAGCGCAAACGCCGUUAGUAAGCAGCUCGCGUACGAUGCUCUCCGCACCGCGGGCCACUUAACGGACGACGACUGGGACGUGGUGUGCCGGGGCAUGCACAAUGAUUUCAGCUGCCCGGAUCCUGACGUCACCGCUGCCGCGCUGCGCUUCGUCGUCGCGCUUCCGGGCUGGCGGGUCGGGAAGUUCCUAGAUGAUCACUCUAAGGAGCUCUCUAACUGCAUCGUCCACGACCACGUGGGAUUAAGACAAGCCGCGAUGGACUCCCUCGGAACGCUUCUCCUACGCGACGACGUAAUUAAUCUCUGUGCGCAGUCCGUUUCCCUCCUAGACCGCGUCUCGCUCUGGUGGCGCCAGAUCGGCCUUUCGAUGUUAGACCCUUCCGAUAUAGUCGCAGCCGCAGCUUUCGACGCCGUGGGCCGUCUAUUUUCAGAAUUCGCCACGAAAAAAAUGAGCAGAAUCGCGGCGCAACGGCUCGUUCCGACGGAAUCUUCCGCCGCGGUGCGCGCGCAGCUGGUGGUUGCGCUGACCGGGCUAGUCUGGGGGAAGCGGGACAUGCUAAUCGCGCGUGCGGGGUUACUCACUCCAGAAGCGUUCCGCUCGUCGAUCUAUCCGCUUGCCUACGCCGCGCGGGCGUUUGCGACGGGGCUGGUAGAUGAUCUGAGAAUGAUGUUGAAUCCUAAGGAAGAAGGCGCGAGGAGGAGACGAAGCAGCGCCGUUUCCGUGGGUGCUACCGGUGAUGGUGGCACCGGUUUAGGUGGAUUCGGGGAUGAUUUGCUAGGCCUGGGGGAUUUCGGCGGUGUUGGCGGGGGGAGAGGAGGAGAGGGCGAAAGUAGUGGGUUGGGCGGGAUUGGCGGGCUUGCUCUGGGAGAUUCUGUUGCCGAUAGUGGCUCUGGCAAAGAAAAAGGGGACGGGAAGGACGCAAAGAGAAUGGGCAAGGACAAGAAAGCAUCGUCAGCAGGAGGAGGAGGAGGAGGAGGAUCAAAGAGAGACAGCAGGAAUGGAAAGGGCAAGGAGGAGGCCAGCAGCAGCAGCAGCAGCAGCAGCAGCAGCAGCAGCAGCAAGGUGGGAUCACGUCGCUCCUCCUCGUCCUCCACUGCACUCGCUACGACGGUGUCGUCAGAAACAGCCGCAGCAGCCGCAGAGGAGCGGAAAGACCUGGUGAACACAGAGCGCAUGCUCGGCGUGGCAGAUAUAGUCACGCACCUCUCACCGUACCUCGCCUCUCUAGACCCAUCCAUAGUCUUCGAAGUGGGCUUGCAGAUUCUCGCUCUCGCGGCCGUGCCUGGGGGGAAACCGGAGUGGGCGACCGGGCCUGUGACUGCGUUCCUCUCGUUGUGGGAUCGGCAGGAGUACUCAGCGGGACGAGAGGCGAUAGUUAAAGCCGUGGUGUCGAACCUCCCUCUCCUGGACAUACACACGCAGGCGGCACUCUUCAAACGGCUGUUGCUGAUGGUCCGAGGGUUGAGAGCCGAAGCGGAUCGUAUGGUUGCCCUAGCGAGCAUCUGCCGCGCUGCUCUCUGCGUGGAUCUUUUCUCAAAGGAAUCGGCGCGCAGGGGCCAGAGACCCGUCGCAGGCACGGACGUCUCUUCCCUCUUUGACGACCCGCAGAUUAAAGACGAACUGGCGCUGCCAGUAGUGCCGAACGUUGAUAGUGGGCUGUUUAGAGAGGAGCUUCUGGCGUGUUUGGUAGAGAGUGCGUUUCAGCUGGCGAGUGGGAGCGGGGGCGGGGGAGUAGGCGGAGGAGCAGGCGGGGCAGGCGCAGGCGGGGGAGGGUUCGGCGCAGGGGGAGCGGGGGGCGCGGGAGGCAUGGGGAGCGGGUUAGCAGGAGGGUUCGGCGGGGGAGGUAUAGAAGGCUACGGCGCGGAGUCAGGAGCUGGGUUCUCCUUUGCUGCUGCCGCGGCAGGCAGAGGGGGGUCCCUAGCAGCAGUGGUAUCCGGGGAGGCUUCAUCUGGAGGGUGGGAGGCGUGGGGGCAGACGGCACUAGAGGUGGUGGAGGUGUGUAGGGCGUGCGUGCGGUGGCAGUGUGGCGGGCGGACGUAUGCUGUGGACUGUUACCUUCGGCUGCUGGUGCGGCUGUGCCAAGUGUAUAACACUGCGAGCGGGGUGAAGAGUGCCAAGGAUGGGGCUACUCCGGAGCAGAUUCGGGCGGAGCAGCGACUGUACACGCUGCAGAGACAGCUACUGGAAGACGCAAAAGAGCUCUCCUCCUCCACCCUGCGCGUGCGGCUCCUAUGGGUGCUAGCGGAGCACAUGUCCUUCUCAGGCCCAGAGCCUCUCUUCCCAGACGACCCAAAAGACCCAGUCACCAUCCUCACCUCCCUCUUCCACCGCAUCCUCUUUUCUCCCGACGACGCCACCGGAACCAUGCUCGCGGACGUGGUUGCUGGGGACGGGGGAGGCGGAGGAGGGGGAGGAGGGGGUGCGGCAGCGGUGGCGAUGAGUGGGAACCGGUUGCAGGAGGUGCAGGCGAUUCUGGUGUGCGCGCUGCAUCUGGGCGCGAGGAGCUUCAGGGCAGCAGCGCUGGUGUGUCGGGAGGUGGAGGAGUUGCAGUCGGCGCCAGGGCUCGUGGAUAGUGCCACUCGCCACCGCUGCCGCAGCAUCCUGCAGUCUCUGGCUUAUGUGCACCACUUCCCCGACCGCACGUGGGCAGUGCGCAUGGGAGCAACGGGCGAGUACCCCUUCUCGCACCACCGCCUCUCAGUCCUCUACAACAGCGCAGCCGCAGCGCAGGACCGGAAGCUCGAGUCCCUCGUUAAAUCCGCCGUCUCGGACCUCUCAGCCCCGUCCGCCUCUCCUGACGAGCUGCUACAGAGGCAGCUGCAGCAGCAGCAGGAGGACCAAGGGCUCGACCCGGCUUUAAUCCCCGGAGGAGGCAUGGCGGGGAUUGCGGGUGCUUCGUCAGGGAUUGCGGCGGGGCGGCAGGUUUCGGCGCCGGCCGCGAUUAGUAUUACUGGGAGCAGUGACUUGGCGUAUGUUGAGGCGUUUCAUCUGUCAGCCAUGAAUGAGAGGCGGGUUACUCUCAGUGUGAAGGUGCUAAAUAUGACAGAGGUGGUGCUGCCGCGGGUGGACGUGCACGUGGGGCUGCUGGGUGCUCUGAGAUUCAUGGAUGGGGUGCCUCGGGCCACUCGCAGGCUCAACCGCUUGCAGCCACAGGAGCCGAUAUAUUCCGACGUGACAGUCUCUGUGACCCGCUUCCAGCGCAACGCCUUGCAGCUCCACAUGCUCUUCUAUCACGGCACUCUCCCUGGCCCCCGCUCCACCAACAACCGCCGCUCCUCACAUAAUAGCCCCGGGGGAGGAGGAGCAGGAGCAGGGAUAGCGGAUAUAACUAGGCUGAGUUUGGAGGAUGAGGAGGGGGGAGGGGGAGGAGGAGGUGGGAUUGGGGGGUUGGGGAGGAGGAGGAGGACGAGUGGGAGUGAGGGGGAAGGGGGUGCGGCGAGUGGGCCUGUGCGGCCGCCUGUGAGGCUGCGGUGUGUGCCGUACCGUGUGCCGCUUACUGACCUGCUCGUGCCAUACAGGUGCUCGCCAGUGGAGUUCUUCCGAGUGCUACCAAGCCUGCCAGCAGUGGGUGAGCACACAGGCGCCUACCUCUACGACUCAACGCACUCCUCGCUCGUCCUCUCCUCCGACGACGUCGGCAUCAGGAGGCUGCUCGCAGGGCUGCGCGCCAUUGACUCACGCCCUGUUUUCAAAGUCGCCUCGCAUCUCAUCCGCAGUCGUGCGGGCUUCCAGGUGUUCUAUGCGGCCAAGACAUGGUUCGGAGACACGCUGGCCAUAAUAGUGUUCGGCACGAGUGACAUUGCGAGCGACGGCGGCUUUGCAGCCGACUCCACCACCAUGUUCUGCCGCUUCGUGCUGCGCUCCUCAUCCCCACACGUCGUCAACGAGAUCCUAGCGGCCCCCCAGGAGUGGCUCGAUGACCUCACAGGCGGGGCCAUACGGGCAGUGAGUGAGGAGGAGCUAGCAGCGUUCACAGCCACAAAGAAGAAGCGCCACGACGAGUCUCUCGAGCUCCUCAGCUCCGCCGUGCGCCCCGCCUCCAAGAGCAUCCCCCUACCCGGCAUGUUUGAACCCGCGCCUGCUGAGGGAGAGGAGGCACCGGAAAUCCCGGUGAUUCCCGAGGAGGAGCAUGCGCUCCAGCUGGCGGUGCUGCAGGAGUGGAAUGCGCUGAGGGAGCAGCAGAAGCUGGUGAUUUCCCAUUCCGCGGUAGCAGCCAUGCCUCUUUCCGAAGACCCCCCUCCGCAGCCUACGCCAACAGCGGCCAAUGCGGCGGCUACUAAUUCGGAUCAUCCCCGUGCGUCUCACACUUCGAAUCGCGUCGCCGCCGCAAAACCCGGCGCCAAUCACUGCGGGGGCUCUUCCGGCAGCUCCAUGUCGACCGAGGCGCUCGCCGCCGCGACGGUGCGCGCCGUCGCGAAUAUUAAUAUCCAGGACUAUUCUCACAGCCCCAUCCACACGGCGAUCCUGCAGCGCGAUUACCACGCUUUAAGGCGCAUUCUCGCGUCGGUCCCGCGCCCGCCGAUUCCGGGGAGUAUCAAGACCGAGGAGCAGUCAUUGGCUGCGGAGGUCCAGGCUGACGUGGCGCAGCGCACGCUGGAUCGGCGCGACGUGCCGCACAAGGAGUCGCCGCUGUGCCUGGCGGUGCGGCUCGGUGAUAGGGCCGCCGUGGAGCUAUUGGUCCAGGCUGGCGCUGACGUCAGCCUCCAGAACGGAGGCGGCUGGACGGCCAUCCAGGAGGCGGUGUGCACGCGGGACGAGGUCAUAGCCACGGCCAUCCUGCGCCACAGUGGGGUGCAGGUGUGGGCGCGCUACAUGCGCCGCCUGCCCGCCCUCGCAGCCAUCCUCACGCGCAUGCGCGACUUUUACAUGGAGGUCACGUGGUCCUUCGAGUCCUCCGUCAUCCCCUUCGUCUCGAGGAUCGCUCCCAGCGACACCUACCGGAUUUGGAAGCGCGGGCCAAGGCUCAGAGCCGACAUGACUCUUGCAGGCUUUGAUGGAUUCAGGGUGAAGCGCAAGCCACAGAGCCUGAUCUUCAUGGGCGCUCCCAGCCCAGAUGGGAAGCUGAAAGCCGGCACCCUGCUGGUGCUGAAGCACGAGCGCAAGGAGGCGUUUGACGCUCUUGAAGCCGCGGGUUCGAUUCCCACCGACGCCGAAUUAAAAGCAGAGGUGCAGUCGCUGUUCAUGACGAACGUGUACAAGGCGGGGAUCGAUGUUUCGCAAGCGGAGCUCUCUCAGGUGUUGUCCUGGCGGGGGUUGCCUAAGGUGGAGACAGUUGCGGGGCACAGGGCAAUGCUUUAUGAGAUGCAGCACGUGCAUUUCAUGUUUCGAUCGAGACAGGUGCCUGGCGCGAUGACAGAUGAGGAGUUUUUAGGGGAAGGGGCUGGGAAGGUCAAGGGGAGGGGCGGAGCGGGGAAAGGGGGGAGUGGGAAGGAAGGGGAGGAUGGAGGAGGGAAGGGUGGUGGGAAAGGGGGUGGGAAAGGAGGGAAAGGGAAAGAGGAGGUGAAAGCGGGAGGGGAGAAGGGGAGUGGUGGGAAGGAGAAGGAGGGGAAGGAGGGGAAGGGUGGGGAUGCUGGGAAGGGAGCGGCGGAGGAGGAGGGCGAGGGAGGGGAGGGGGGAGAGGGGAUAGUGGAGGAGGAAGAGGAGGAUUAUAACGGUAUACUGACAGAGGAGGAAAGGGCUCAGCUGAAAGCUGCUUUGGCUCAGGUGGAAGGGAUGGGGGAGGAGGAGGACGAGGAGGGGGAGGAGGGGAGGCAGGAGGAGCGGGAGAAGCAGAUUGAGGGAGGGAAGGGCUCAAAGGCAGGUGGGAAGGGGAAGGAGAGGGGAGGGGAAAGCGGAAAAACAAUGAAGGCGGAGGGGGGGGAGGGAGAGGAGGAGGGGGAGGGGGGGGGAGGGGGGAUGGGAGGCGAGGAGAGGGAGGUGGAGAGUGACAGUGAGUUGCAAGAAGAGUCCAAAGAGAGCAAGCGGCAGCUGGAAAGAAAACUCUCACGAAGCUUCUCAGACCGCGAGAGAGACAGCAGGGACGAGGAGGGGGGUGCGGGGAAAGGCAGCAAACGAGAGAAGGGCGAGGGGAGAAGCACGGGGAGAAGCGGCCAGGGCGGGGGAGGGGGGGAGGGAGGGGUAGAGGGGGAGGAAUACGCGGAGAAGGAAGGGGAGAGUGAGUAUCGGCGGGGGCUGAAGCCUGUGCUGUGGAUGACGAGGGAUUUUCCUCUGGAUAUGAAGGAGCUACUGCCGCUGCUAGAUCUUCUCUCAAACCGAGUGAAGGCGGUGCAGCGGUUGAAAGAGCUACUUACGAUGAAGCUGCCCCCAGGGAUGGUCCCUGUGAAGGUGGCCAUACCAGUUGUUCCCACUGUCCGCGUGUCUGUCACCUUUUCCAAAUUCGAGGAGUUCAGAGCCGCUCCCGCCCCUCUGCCAGAAGCCUUUGCUCUUGCUCAGGAGGAUGCAGAGUGGGAUGGGGAGGGCGAGGAGGAUGAGGAGGAAGGGGAGGGGAAAGGGCGGAAUGGGAGAGGCGGGAAGGAGGGGGAUGGGGAGGAGGGUGGGGAGGAGGGAGACGAGUUUCACACUCCUACUGCUAGUCCGGAGAGGGAUGUGGGGGGUGGAUCAGGAGGAGGAGCAGGAGGAGGGGGAGGAGAGGGUGGGAGAAAAGGAGGGAAGAGGUCGUGGUUUGGAUGGGCUAGGAGGAAGGGUGGGGGAGAGGGGGGGAGCAGUGGCGGGGAGGGCACUGGGGAAAAAGGGGCUUCAUCAUCAGCAGGAGCAGGAGGAGGAGGAGGAGGAGGAGGGGGGGCAGGAGAGAAAGAGGAUAAUUGGGCUGUUGAUCCUUUUGUCAUUCCAGAGGAGUACAAGUGGGUUGACCUGAAGGAGAGGAAGCGGAGGGAGAGAGAGAAGAGGCGCCGAGCUAGGGCUGCUGCUAGGGCGAAGAAAGAGGGAGGGAAGGCAGGUGCUGCUGGUAGCAGCAGCUCCAGUGCUGGCGCUGGUGGUGGUGGUGGUGCUGCUGCCGGUGCUACUGCUGGUGGUGGUUGUGCUAGUGCUGCUGCUGCUGCUGCUGACGCUGCUGGUGCUGCUGGUGCUAGUGCUGGUGGCGGUGGUGGUGGUUAG